AUGAAAUUAGGAAAAGAAGAUUUCCUAUUUCGCCUAGUAUCAGACAUUGAUGAAAUAACUGCGGAUGUAUUCGAUAUUUAUACAAUGCUUACCACGAUAUUACUAAUCCCUUUUCUGGUUGUUAUUCUUCGAGAUCCUACAAACAUUGAAGAUACUUUGCUUCAGUGGUUGGCUGGUGGGUUGAUGGCUGGAGCUUGUUUUAUAGUAGCAAA